AUGGGUUUGAACGCAAUUAACUACGCUGUAUCUGAUGUCGUUGGAGGCGCUAAUUCUCUUGCUGCGGGCGCUGGGUCUAUUGCUGGUGCCGCUCAAAGUGCAAUUGGUGGAGCUGGAGGAGAUGCUGCAAGCGCUGUGAAAAGUGUUGGUGCAGAAGCAACUGGCCUUGCUAAUUCUGCCAAAUCUGGUGCUGCUUCUGCCACCAGUGGUGCUAUGACUGCCAUGAGCGAGGCUUCUGGUGCGAAAUCUGCCCUUGAAUCAAAGACUUCUAUGAUGCCUGAGUCUGCGAUGUCUGGAAUGUCUUCUAUGAUGCCAGACUCUAGUUCCGAUAUGAUGUCAGACGAGUCUGGUUCGUCCGCACUGGAAGGUUCCGGAUCUGAAUCUUCCGGAUCUGGAUCUGGAUCUGAUUCAUCUGCAUCAUCUGGAUCUUCUGGUUCAUCUGGUUCUUCUUCUGAAUCUUCUGGAUCAUCUUCUUCCGGAUCUUCCUCUGGUGGUAAUGCUCUCUACCAAGGUGGUUCGUGGAAGAAAGCUGCAGCUGUUGCCGGAGUCGUUGGUUUCAGUUUCAUCUUCAAUGUUAUGUAG